AUGGCCAAACUGGAGAAGCUUGUCAAAAAUGUUGAUAUCAAUCAGCUUGACAAACACAACAGGUCAGUGUGGGCAGUGCAGGAACAACAUAAUCUGUGCACCAACAUUCUCCUUGAAAACAAAGCCGACCCCAACCUGGUGGACUCUGAUGGAAACACAGCUUUACAUCUGGCCUCCAGCAUCCCGUCACUCUCCGUCAUCAUCUUGCUCGUGAAGCACGGCGCUGACAUCAACGUCAAAAAUCGGGAGGGCAUUUCACCCCUGACUGUGGCAGUCCAAGAGGACCACAUAGAAGUGGCAGAGUUUCUGCUGAAGAAAGGUGCCAAUGUUAAUAUUGUGGACAGACAUCGGAGGUCGCCGUUAAUGUUGGCCGCGGCUAACGGACACUUUGACAUGGUGCGACUGCUCCUAAAGUAUAAAGCCAACAUUGAACUAAAAGAUAGCCGAGGACAGUCAGCUGAGAACUACGCCGAGUUGGAAUAUCAUGACACCUGUAGCGUCCUCAUUACUGAGCACAGGAAGAGACCGCCCACCUCCCUCCUGGUCUUGCCAAGCCCAAGUAAAAGGAGGUCCAAAUCCCUGGAACGUAUCUCGAUUAAAGAUGACAACGAAGAAACGGGUUCAGAAUGGGAUAAAGCCAGCAACGCCAGUAAAAGGGCUGUGCCCGAAGGAUCGGUGGCUUCGCAGAACUCUGAAGAAUUCGCGGAAUAUUCUAAUUCCUCUGUGGAGGCCAAGAAGCUUGAGGUGUUUCCAAAGGCAGCCGGAAGGAAUCUCUCGGACAGGCCCUCCAAUGAUGGGCGUCCAAUCGAGGGUGAAUCAUCACCCAAUGACAACUUGGAUAGUCCCCAGCACACCCACGACUCAAAUGAGGACGCUGGCAGACCACGGACCACAUCACUGCUGCAGCGGUUCUCCAUAACAAGGAAACCGGACGAGCAAGCCGCAGAGAAGAUUUCACAACUGGAAUUAGUUAGCAAGGCUCACUCCAGCAGAGCCGUUACCCUCAACCGAGAUCUUCCUGUAAACGACGACACUUUGAGUGAUGACUCGGAGGAUGAAGGAAGGUCGCAAUCCAAACAAAAGAUGAAGAAACAGCGCAUUGACGAAAUGGAGAUCUCCGAAGAACUUGAUGAGAUCACGUCCUCAUCGGAUGGGACUCUGGAGGAAGUGGAUAACCAAUUUAGGGUGAAGCUGGAAGACUUCGUGAGUCAACCGAUCAAGCACCCCAUUCUCAAAUCCACAGACCAUCACGGCUCCUCUGUCAAGGUGACCAGACUAAAAGAGGAGACGGCCCAGUUGAAGAGCAGAAUGGAGGAGGCCAAAGACGACCAUUGUGUCAUGGAGCACAAACGCAUGCAGCUGGAAGCCGAACUCGCCAACCUCAGAUCGUCGUCAAAGCAACGGCAAGAAGACUCCCUCAAUACCAUCAACAUGGCCAAACUCAACAAAAGCAAGCUCGAAGAAGACCUCCGACAGGCCCAUGUGCAGUUGUCUCAGGAACGCUGCACAAAUGCACAACUGCAGCAAAAACUAAAGAGUCAGGACUGCAAGCAACAGACCAUUGAAGAGGACUACAAAAGAACAGAACAUAAUGUGGAUCAUCUAAGAACCGAGCUUGCGCACAGCAGCACCAAACAAAAGGACCUUCUUGAGGAGAACGAAGCCCUCAAGGAGCAGCUGGAAGAUCUUCGCCAAGAUCUCCGACUCACCAGCGACAACCACGCCCAAAGCGCCUUGGAGUUGAACAACCUGAUUACGGGAUUGAAGUGCGAAGUGACCCUCGCCAACGCCCGACUGGAAGCUCAGUGUCAGGCUUAUAGCCGAUUGGAAGCCGAGACUCUGCUCCAGGGGAAGGAGGAACAGGAGCGACUGAAAGACAAACUUGCAAGUGAGAUGGCCAUUCAACGAGAAGCCUUCAACAAACUGUCCCAGAAGCUGUCCAAGGCCAAGGCGCAGGGCAACUCACUGGAGAACGACGUACAUCGAAUGGAGGCGCAGCUGACGGAGAAGAACGCGCAGAUCGCUACCCUGCAGCGGAAGAUGGACCAAGUCACCACGCGCGUGAAAGAGGUGGAAGCGCUUCUGCAGACCGAGAAGGACCUGGUCAGCUGGGCCGGAGCGCGCCAGGAGGCCACGCAGGAGCUGCUGAGCAAAUCUCAAAGCGAAGGCGCCAUGCUACAGCAAAAGUUGGACGAGACCCAAAAAUUGUGUGUCGCAAAGGACAUCGCCGUGUCGGACGCCCAAAAGUGUUUCAGUGAAAUUUGCGAAGACAGAGUCCAACUGGUGCAGGACAGGAAUCAGGAUCUCACCGCCAAGGCCGCCGAACUUCGAGAAUAUCUCCACCAAUUACAGGAGGAGAAAAAAGAUAAAGAGACGAGUCUGAAGCAGUUGCAGGCCGAGUUUGCCGACUUACUGGUGAAGGUGUCGAAGUGUGAAACUUCUCUAGAGCUCCACGAGCGAUAUCACGUCGAAGCGGAGGAAGAAAAAGCGCGACUGCACAAAGAGGUGGACAAGCUUCAACGAAAGUUGGAGGAACGAGUCAAACAGCUGGAAGAAGUCGUGCACCGGCAACGAGCUCUACUUAGAGGCGCUAAGAGGAAAUUGCAAGAUCACCAAGCAAGUGAAAUCAUGAGGGAUAAGGUGAACGAGCUGCAAGCCGAGCUGAGGAGGCAAAUGUCCUUCCGCGGCCUCCUGGAGAGAAAUAAGAGCCAGUUGGAGGACGAGGUGCAGAGCCUGCGACGCCUAGUGGAGAUGAACACGGUGGAGCACAGGAAUGCGGAACAGUACCGGCGGGAAAUCGAGGAGAAGGCCCGACAGGAAAUACAGAAAAAAAUCCACGAGGUCAACCUCUUCUUACAGUCGCAGGCAGCGACGCAGGAGGCGCAGGACCAGAUUAAAGCCUGCACCGAAGUCAGCCUGCGCUCCAAGAUCCAAGAACUGGAAGGAGAACUGAAACGAUCUCGCAGCAUCCAGCACGACACCAUCGCCCAGAGAGACGCCUUGCACAAAGAGCUGAAGCGCUACCGGCAGAUGCACAGAGAAGAGCAAUGUCUGCGCAAGUCCCUCAGCAACGACCUCAAAAGGAGUAACAGUCGCCUGACGGCAGCCAAUUCCAAAUUGCUCAGCGAGCGCUGCAACUCUCUGGUCGCCUCAGCGACGCCGGUCCCCGUGGCUUCCACCUCCAGCGGCAUGGCAGCGCCGUACCGGAUGCGGACCUCCAGAAUCCUCAACCCUAUGGCUGAAGGAGCCAGCGGCAACGUGGAGGGUUAUCUUUCCAAGCGCUGAGCGGUGAAAACGGAACAAACAGACUCACGCAAAUCCAAGUCGACGAGCAAAGGUGUGAGCACUUUGAAUGGCUUUCACAACUUGAGUUUGGCAGGCCAUGCAUGUCAUGUGGCCAACAUCUCAUGCACUCACUCAUCCCUGUCCUCAGCCAAAGCGAUUGAAUGGGGAUGGAUUUGGCCAACAGCAUGCAUGGGUGGAGCUGGGCCCCGUUAC